AUGGCAUGGCAUGGCAUGGCAUGGCAUGGCAUGAUUAAUCAUAAAUCGUGAUUAACAGAUGGAUACCUACCUAGAUACAUCACUGCCCACAGAGCCCAUCGCCAAUUGCCCAGUGCCCAGUGCCCAGUGCCCACAUUCAGAUGUGAUACCAAACACCCACCCACCUGCAAUGCAUGGCCGGAGUCCGUACAACUUAAUGAUUCUUGUUAACUUUGGCUGGACUGGCCCGAGGUAAGAUCUCCCGUUCAAAGUUCCACAGGUGCAAGGUAUUUGUACGAAAGAUGCCGUUUUACUCUUUCAUUGUGCACGAUUUUUGUCAGUCUUGUUAAAUUCGGUUUCCAUCCCUCCUCUCAUAUCUUCGGUUCCAUCCUUCCAUAGUACGUACCUACCUACAUAUUACCUACCUAUAUAAUAUCUACCUAUACAAUAUCUUUACUACGUACAAAAUGCUACCUAGUAGGUAUCUCACCCAAGUAACAAGACAAUGAGGUAAAACUGUUUCGCCCCAUCAAACCUUUCAAAACCCUCUCAACAGCACGCACGCUGUCAAGAAUUAUAUUUUGAUUCCAUUACUCGUGACAUUAUGCAGCGGGUGACACCCAAAACUUAAUAAAAUCAUCGUUUUGCCAGGACGUGCGUAGAGGACUAGAGUCUUGAGGUCACCAGCUGCCAAGUAAGCAAGCAAGGAAGCAAGCCAUCGAAAAUGCGAUCCUUCAUAUUACCUGUCUAUCCAAAUAUCCAUAUGCAUUUCCAUGUUCGUUUUCAUUCCCAUAUCUUUCUUUCUUCUUGGCUUUGCCUCUUUGCCUCUUUACCUAGGUAGGUACACCUCAUGAUCCGAAAGACUAUGAAAGAAACACAUUGGGUUACACAAGACCAGAGAAAGAUGAAAGUCGGGGUCGGAAAGUUUCUCCUAUGAAUGAAUGAGAUCGAUGAUCUGAGAUAGAUCCUUAUAUGGUGGUUACAGUAAUUGUCUUCGAUCUGUGUCGGCGUCAUGGGUUUUAUUUCAUUGCUUAUGUUGUGGGAGUGUACACAUGAGUACUAGGUAUGUACUAUAUAUGUACUAAAUAGGUCACUAGAUUAUAACAGACAGAUCUUGAUUGAUGAUUACAAUUACAAUUACUAUCCAUCUACCAUCUACCAUCUACCAUCUACCUCUUACUUGAGCAUUGGUAGCAACUUGGAAUGCCACUCUUUUGUAGAUUACCAAGUCCAAGCAAUGAAUACGAACGACACCUGGGCAAGAGGCAAGAUAGUGUAAAUGGGGAGAUGGGGGGGACAAAGAAUUAAACUUUUGCAUCGUACCAUAAUGCCAUGUUUCAUGGAACAUUGGAACAUCACCUUAUCUGCCCAUCUGCACAUUGGCCCAUUGACAUCAGCAGAAACCCCCAUUUACCUACGAAAGAUCUCGUAUCUUCUCCGUCCAUCAAAGUCGAUUCGAUACCUGCUUUUCCAUUUCGGGUCCAAACGAACUUAUAACAUUCCCAGCUUAAAACGAUCCGAUUGCCGACGCCAGGUAAUUAAGCACUAGGCAAGGAGGCAAGCAUUGAGCUGAGCUGACCAUCAAACCACCCAACUUAUCGAUAACGCACCGUGCUUCCGAAACUUUCCAAGUCCUAAGUGUUCCUCAAGAACGAUAAUUCAAUCAAAUCACAAACAUAAUGUCUUCAUCGAACAAUCACACAAAGGACGUUUCCGAAAAUGGUGAUGUUGCCACCUCAGAGGCGGAUUUAGCCCAGGCCUUCAAAGAACUUCAACGCGGCGAAAAGACAGCACAGAUGCUCGAAUCGAACCUCACCAACCUCGAAAAGAAGAUAGACGAUCUCCUAGCGAGCUUCGAGGCUCAGGGCUCGGCGCAGCCCGAGACGACUCCGCAUGCUGCCACUAGCAAUCAGGAGAAAACAGCCGAAAGUGGUCACAAGGAGUCUUGAAUCCGGGGUCUAGAUGCUUCAUGUACCGAUGUCGCGUGGGCGCUCCUUAUGUCUUGCGUCGAGACGUGCAUGGGGAUGAGGGUCUUGCUGGCUGCAAUUCCAAAUCCCAUCGAGCUUGUCGAGGGCUAGUUCCUGUACCGCCGACAGAUCUUUUACAUUAGUGCUGCGACUGUGAGAUGUGCAGAUACCUACCUAGACACAGGGGUCCCCACCCAACAAGUCAAUGACCAGAUUCUACAAGGGGAAUAGAUUUGGAUUAUUUUUUGAUGCAAGUCAUGAUGUUAGCACACAAUCUAGAGAACCAAAAGAAAUUUCUUAGUAUCGAAUUGUAUCCUCCUGUGCUCUCACUUGUCUGAUCUCCACGUUGGAAUAUUGGAAGACUGCCUUUUCUCGUCUUGGUUACACACAGCUGAGCAGGUAGCAAACUGUUUUCUCCAAUGUGUCCAGAAUUUCUACAGUGAUGCGGAUGAGAAGCAGCUGAUGCUGAUCUGAUUCCCACCCACUGACAUAUAUAGUAAAUGUUGACAUAUAUAGUAAAUGUAUACAUAUCAAUCCUU